AUCCCGAGUCCUACCUCUCAACACCAUGUCUGAACCCCCAUACACAGUCAUCGGGACCCCUUUCAGUACCUUUACGCGUUCCGUGACUCUCGGUCUGCAGUACAAGCAUCUCCCGUAUAAGCAGGUCCGCUGUCUAGCACGAUCAGAGAUCGCGUACAAACAUCAUCCAUUUGGAUACCUCCCCACCCUUGUCAUCCACGAGCUCGAUGGCAAGCCAGCCGAUGUCAAGUUGUGUGAGAGCCUGGCGAUCGUGCGUUUUAUCGAUAGGAUCGCACCCCAGCCAAGUCUUCACAUCAACGCCGGCGACGGUGGGGCUGUCAUCGAAGAGCAAAUGUGGCAGUUUAUGAGUCUCGCUGGCUCCCACGCGUUUCCUGCGGUCGAAGCUGGAGUCGUGAAGCCACGCGUUGCUGCGAAUGACGAGGGCAAACUGUCUGAUGCCGAAAUCCGGGGGCAGAUCAGGGACGGGGUUGAGGAGUUAAAGAGCCUGCUGUCGAAGCUAGAGUCGCUCAUGGCACCGGAGGGUUUCGUAUUUGGAGACAAAGUGACAUGGGCAGAUUUCUUCCUGUUUCCACCUCUUGCCGAUCUUCGCGCGACGCCCGAGGGAGAAGUCCUGAGUCCAAGGUUCGUCAGCUGGAUGAAGAAGAUGGAUGAAUUAGAUGCUGUAAAGGCGACGACAGAGGGAACCUUGAGCGCGGGCGCGCGACCUCCUUGA